CUUUACAGCCUUUUAAAAGCACUUUAUUUUAAACACUUCAGGGGAACAUUUUUUGUGUUACACCGGAAUCGGAACGGAUGUAAUUUGAUGGUGCGCUGCACCUUCUUCCGGUCUCUUUUCCCACGGCCGCUGGAGGAAAAUGACGAAGGGGACAUCCUCGUUCGGAAAACGCAGAAACAAGACGCACACACUGUGCCGUCGUUGUGGAGCGAAGGCUUAUCACCUGCAGAAAUCAACCUGCGGGAAGUGUGGUUAUCCCCAGAAGCGCAAGAGAAAGUACAACUGGAGCGCUAAGGCCAAGAGGAGGAACACCACUGGGACCGGCCGCCUCAGACACCUGAAGGUCGUCUACCGUAGAUUCAGAAAUGGUUUCCGUGAGGGCACCACCCCCAAACCCAGGCGUGCUGCAGUGGCUGCCUCCAGCUCAUCCUAAAGGACACGUUUUUGCUUAAAUAAAAAUCAUGUGAAAAC